ACGGUCUGAGGGGUACCGGGGAGCCUUGGCCCCUCCGCGCUGCCGUCUUUUCCGGCAGUUGGGGUUCUUCCUGUUGUCCUCUCCCGUCGCGGCUCGGCAGGCGCGCUCCCUUGGAGUCCCCGGCGCGUCGCGGUCGCUCUCGAGCCGCCCGCACGUCGCGUCUGCGCCGUCUCCGUAGCCGCCGCUGCCGCCGGCCCCGCGCCUCCCUCCCCACCCCGGGUCUGCAGCCAUGGCAAUGACAGGGUCAACCCCGUGCUCGUCCAUGAGUAACCAUACGAAGGAGAGGGUGACAAUGACCAAAGUGACACUGGAGAAUUUUUAUAGCAACCUUAUUGCUCAACAUGAGGAACGGGAAAUGAGACAGAAGAAGCUAGAAAAGGUGAUGGAAGAAGAAGGCCUGAAAGACGAAGAGAAACGGCUCAGAAGAUCUGCACACGCUCGGAAGGAGACAGAGUUUCUUCGAUUAAAGCGAACAAGGCUUGGACUGGAAGAUUUUGAGUCUUUAAAAGUCAUAGGCCGAGGAGCAUUUGGUGAGGUGCGACUCGUUCAGAAGAAAGACACAGGGCAUGUGUACGCCAUGAAGAUCCUGCGCAAGGCAGACAUGCUCGAGAAGGAGCAGGUUGGCCACAUUCGUGCGGAGCGUGACAUUCUAGUGGAGGCAGACAGUUUGUGGGUUGUGAAAAUGUUCUAUAGUUUUCAGGAUAAGCUAAACCUCUACCUAAUCAUGGAGUUCCUGCCUGGAGGGGACAUGAUGACUUUAUUGAUGAAAAAAGAUACUCUGACGGAAGAGGAGACUCAGUUUUACAUAGCAGAGACGGUGUUAGCCAUCGACUCCAUUCACCAGCUGGGAUUCAUCCACAGAGAUAUCAAGCCGGACAACCUUCUCUUGGACAGCAAGGGCCAUGUGAAACUUUCUGACUUUGGCCUUUGCACAGGCCUGAAGAAAGCACACAGGACAGAAUUUUAUAGGAGCCUGAACCACAGCCUGCCCAGUGACUUCACUUUUCAGAACAUGAAUUCCAAAAGGAAAGCGGAGACCUGGAAAAGAAACAGACGCCAGCUGGCCUUCUCGACGGUGGGCACUCCUGACUACAUUGCUCCGGAGGUGUUCAUGCAGACGGGGUACAACAAGCUCUGCGAUUGGUGGUCACUGGGGGUGAUCAUGUAUGAGAUGCUCAUUGGCUACCCACCAUUCUGCUCCGAGACCCCACAAGAGACUUACAAGAAAGUGAUGAACUGGAAGGAAACCUUGACCUUUCCCCCAGAAGUCCCUGUCUCGGAGAAAGCCAAGGGCCUGAUUCUGAGGUUCUGCUGUGAGUGGGAACAUAGAAUCGGAGCCCCUGGAGUUGAGGAAAUAAAAAAUAAUCCUUUUUUUGAAGGUGUUGACUGGGAACAUAUCAGGGAGAGACCAGCUGCCAUCUCUAUUGAAAUCAAAAGCAUCGAUGAUACCUCAAACUUCGAUGAAUUUCCUGAGUCUGAUAUUCUUAAGCCCACAGUGACCACAAGCAAUCAUCCGGAGACGGACUACAAGAACAAAGACUGGGUCUUCAUCAAUUACACAUACAAGCGCUUCGAGGGCCUGACAGCCAGGGGGGCCAUACCUUCCUACAUGAAGGCAGCAAAAUAGGGCCUGUGCUGGGAACCCCGAAUGGGGCAGAGUCUCUGUACAACAUUGUGGUUUUCCUCUUGCGCUCUUGAAAGAACUUCUAAGAAGUUUGUAGAACCCAUUAAUAUGUCCUAGUCAAGUCUGAGAUGUGAUUGUGAGUGGGUCGUCCUCCACAGUGCACCGGGAGGCUGACAGGACAGACAAGCAUUUCUUCAGAGGUAGCUGCUUGCUGCUUCUGAAGCUCCAUGAGCCAGUUUGGUAUGUGUUGUAAAGAGAAUUUGAUUCUCCCAAGUUCAUCAGAGUGAAGGGGAAAAUCAGCCAUCCACCGUUACCGGGCUUACACACCCUGAGGACCAGCCAAUGCCUGUGUUGUGGUGAUAUGCCGCCUGCCAAACCCACCAAGUAUUUUUUUCUUUCUAGCUGAAAAUGUUAAGGCAAUAAUGAACAUCUGAGUAAACAGCCAACAGUGUGGCAGAAGGAACGAUCUCCGUCUCACAGGUGCCGGUGGUCUCUCCCCUCCCCUCUCCUCACACAGCCUUCCUUCACGGUGCACUUUACGUAUGGUACUAGGGCAGAGACCCUGACCCACUGACCUAGCUCCCAUCUGAAAGACUCCCGCUGCUCCUCAGUUGAUGGGAGAGGUGCUAGUGUAAUCCUUUCUGAUCUUAGAAUGCCCACAACGCCACUGGGCACCGCCAAGGAGCUCUGGACCACGUGGGCACCCUUCCUCUCUCUUCACAGCUCUACGAGGUCAUCUUAAGACACAUGCUCCCAACCAGCAAGCACUACUGUCCAUGCUGCCAGAGCCGCGUUCCUGAGAACGCAGCAAGCCUGCUGGAGCUCAGGGCCACCGCCAAGAUCCCACGGCCUCCUGGGAGUCGAGGCAGAACCAGCCCGCUGAGUCCUUGAGCUCAUCCCUUGGUCCAUGGUGCAACGGCUUUUUGUCUUGGUAUUCCCGUCCCAGCUUUACCCAUUUUGCCUUGGAAUCAUGAUUACAAAAUGUUCCUUUGCAGAUGCCUUUCUGGGGCUUUCUUGUCCCUCCACCCAAAAGGGUUGCCUGCAGCUUGGGCUGAACUGCCUCUGCUGUGAGAACACUGAACUUAGCACAAAGUGCCUUCUCUGUCACAGCUGCUGCCACCUUUAGAAGACUUUGCUGUGUCAGAAAAAUGCAGAGGUUCCAUAUUAAUGCAUUACAAGAGCUUGGUUUUAAGUGUUGAUAACUGUUAAAGCAUUAUUUGCACCAAUGUGGUCACUUGCUGUGUCAUUGGCCAAACUACAACUGGGAUUGGCGCUGCUGGUUCUCAAGUUGUGCAGGUCAGCUCUAUCCUUGCUCCGCCAUUCAGAGAAUACAAGUAGGACUUAAAAUUGUAAGCAAAACUGCUUUGGGUUUUCAUGUCUUAGAAGAAAAAGAAAAAGGAACUUUGAAAGUCUUUAACUCUUGGUCAAGGGUGAUUGAAGUUAGCUCCUGAAUCCUCCACUCAGCCUGCUACUGCAAAGGAUACAGGGCCGUGUGGGGCUUUGUGUGCUGUAUUGACAACCAGCUGCGGUCCUAGAACAGUGGUAGAGUCCCUGUGGGGGGAUUGUCCCUUUGGAGGACAUGUCCACGUUUUAACUAUUCAACUUCUGAAUAAACUGUGAAAACAUAA